AUGAAAAAGGUUUUUAGAUUAGAUGAAUCAAGCAAUAUACAAAAUGCUAUAUUCGUAAAUACUAUUGAAAAUCAAAAGUCUGCUCUUUUAAAAUCCAUAAAUCAAGAAUUUUAAGCAAAUAUCUUUGAAAAUAUACCAAGAACUUCAUCUUUUUCAAAAUAACUGAAAUAAUAAUUGAACUAAGAUACACUAUAUCCAAUGAAAUGUGAUAAUUAAUAAUAAAUAUAAAUAAAAAAAAUAAAAGGAGAUAUAAAGUUACCUAAAUUUGAUGGAGAAAUCAAAUGGCCAUUUUUUAGAAUAUCUUCAGAUGCAUAAAUAAAGCAUUUUUGGAACAGAAGAAAUUAAUAAGAUAUGUAAAAAAAUUGGUAAUACGAGAAUUAUGCAUUUUAAAAUAUAAUGCUUCGAAUAGGAAGGAAGAAAAAAAGUGCGAAAGGUUAUUAUUUUAAAUUAACAUAUUCUGGAUUACUAAUGUAUUUCAAGAAAGUAUUGAAAUUAAAUAAUAUAGGAAUCUGAUAAUUAUCCAAAAGGUUAUUUAGAAUUGAGUUACUAGAACAGAGUAAUUUUGUCAUUUUAAAAGACUAAAAGGAAUAUAUAAAUACCACUUGUAUAUAUUGAACGUGUAGAGGGUAUUGGGAUUACAAUUUUUGAUCAUCAAAAUCAAUUAACUCUUUAAUUAUUUGAAGUUCUUUAACAUUUUUGUUUAAUGAAAGGAUAUGAACAUAUUUAUACAGAAAUUGAAACAUUAGGAAGUGGAGCAUUUGCAACAGUUUAUAAAGUGUAAAGAAAAAGUGAUGAAGCAAUAUUUGCAGCAAAAGUUAUAACUAGAAACAUUUUUGAAGAGAAUAAACAUAAAGAUAAAUUUAUUGUAAAAAUAACAUUUAUAUAAUAGUUUAGUAAAUGGUUUACAAUGAAGUAAUUGUAUUAAAAUAAUUUGAUCAUGUAGGAAUAGAAAGAAUUUAUGAAGUAUAUUAAGAAAAAGAAAAGUUAGUGAUAAUAAUUGAAUAUUUUGAUGGUGGAACACUUUAUUCAUAUUUUAAAUAGAAAGGGAAAUUACCUGAAAAAACUAUUGCUUAUAUUUUAAAGGGUAUUGGUGAUGCUCUAUUUGAAUUACAUUAAAAUGGAUAUGUUCAUAGAGAUAUAAAAUUAGAGAAUAUUAUGAUAGAAUCUAAAGAGACAUUUUAAAUGAAAUUAGUAGAUUUUGGUUUUGCUGAAAAAAUUAAUGAAGAAUAAUUAUCAAGUAAAGCAGGAACACCAGGUUUUUUACCACCUGAAAUUUUUAAAGGGUAACCAUAUACUUAGAAAGGAGAUGUAUUUAGUUUAGGAGUUGUAUUAUAUAUUGUAAAAUAUAAUAAAAUCAUUUUAGUUAGCUGCUGGAUAUCCUCCUUUUAGAGGAAAACCAAGUUAGAUAUAGGUUUUGAAUUAAAAAUGUUAAAUAAAUUAUGAUAAAUCUCCUUGGCCUGAAAUAUCUUAAGAUCUUAAAUAUUUAAUUAAGAAAAUGUUGGAAGCUAAAGUGGAAGAUAGAAUAUUUAUAGGAGAAGUAUUAGAUUCAGCAUUUAUAACUCAUUAUAUUAAAACAACAUCAGAAACUAAUUAUAAAUCGUAUUAAAUGUUAUCUGGUUUAGAUAUUGAUAAACAUAAUAAAAAAAAUAGUGUUAAAAAUUCAGAAUCUGCAGGAUCAAAAUAAAGCAAAGAAUUUUAAUUAGAUUUUUCAGUUCAUACAAAUGAUAUUAAGUCUUUAUAUAAAAAGAAUUCAAUUAAGACUUUAAAGACUGUUUAAUCUUAAAGAUCUAGAAGAUAAUCUAUAAAAUAAUCAUAAAAUUUAUAAUAAUCUACAUCUACUCAUAGAAAAGCAGAUAUUGAAAAAUAUUAAGAGAAAAGAAAAUAAAGUCAUCCAGAUAGAUCAAGUUAUUAAAGAGAUUCUGAAAUUAUAAAUAGUUCUUUUGGUGAAAUUAUAAAAUAAAAUGAUAAAUGUAAAAUGAGAUAAUCUCAAAAUUUAUUGACUACAUUUAUAGAUUUUCAAGCACUUUCAUAAGAUUAGAAAACAUUCAUAAGAAAAUCAGGAAAUAUAUUUAAUUAAAAUAAAAAACCAGAUUUAUGA